CGACUGCAAGUUAACAGUAUCGACUCCCAGCAUAGAGGAAGGAACUGCCCCACUGCCCUCACGGACUUCGAUAUCACAUUUCAAAGCCCGUGUCACAGAGCGGUGUUCAAUUCCUUUGACAUGUAAAUAAUAAGCGGGCAAAUCGCGGAGAUACGCCUGAGUAAUCCUGUUAGAGUUUUAGAUGUCGUGUGCAAAUUAAGCCACGGUAACACUUGCCUUCAUGAUCGCCACCAUGAUUCCUUCAUGGAGCGUACAACUGCCACUCGUGCCUUAUACCCGUAGGACGUGGAACCAGAUGACUUCAUGUAAAAGCCAGUUCAAGCCAGAAACUGUUUUGUUGCAGGUGCAGUCGGGUUGAAGCUAAGUGCCACCACACGAAUACAACCAACGCAUAUCUGUGAAGGUCAAACAUUUACGACGAAAUCAACGAGAGUAUGGAACUCAACCCGGUGGAGGAUGAUGAAAGCAAGAGGAAUGGAGAGAGGACAGCCUCCGUGGAGGUAGAUACCCCGGCUCCCACCAAGUCUUUUGGUUUCCAACGGGAUCGGCUUGGAGUGGUCCUGUGCAUACUUUUCUGUGAGCUGUGCGAGCGGCUGACCUAUUACAGCGUCGCGGGGAAUCUGGUGCUGUAUUGCACCAAUGUUCUGAAAUUCACCAGUGCCGAGGCAACUACGAUCGCCUUGAUCUUCACGGGAACAUCCUACUUUGUGCCGGUGAUUGGUGGAUGGAUUGCGGACACCGUUGCGGGGAAAUUCAAUGCUAUCCUUGGAGCGGCUCUCAUUUAUUGCGUAGGCACAACUUUGCUGCCCAUCGUCUCCAUUGAUUACACCAAGUACGGCGCUCAUCUUGGGCUGACAAACAGCCAACAUCGAGGUUUCUUCCUGUUCAGCAUUGCCGUGAUUGCUAUCGGUACCGGAGGCAUCAAAUCGAACGUUGGCCCUUUCGGAGCUCAGCAGUUGGAUGAUCUUGGAGAAGGACCUGUCAAGUCCUUCUUUAACUGGUUCUACUGGUUCAUCAACGUGGGUUCCGCCGUCUCCUUUUCAGUCGUCGUGUAUGUGCAACAGAAUAUUGGAUUUGAUGUUGGGUUUGCCAUCCCAGCCAUCUCCAUGAUUCUGGCCAUUAUCACGCUCUUGAUUGGUCGAAAGUGGUAUCGAAUGAGGGCACCAGAGGGGAGUGUUUUCACAACAGUUGCCAAAAUCAUCUGGGAGGCCUUCACCAGACUUCGUCAGCCCAACACUAGGAAAGAUCAGAUGACCAGCUGGCUUGAUCGUGCCAAGCAGAGCUUUGGCGGUCACUUUCCCGAUGUGAAGGUGAAUGAGGUGAAAGCCCUGGGAAGGAUUGUGCCUGUCUUUCUCGUCAUCAUCUUCUACUGGACUGUAUACGUCCAGAACUCCACAACUUUUUUGCUGCAAGGUGAGCGCAUGCGUCUCGCCUACAGCGGUUUCACCGUCCCGGUAGCAGCUAUCAACCUCGUCAACAUUGGAAUAAUUCUUGUCCUCAUUCCUUUCGUGGAUCGUGUCUUCUAUCCGUUUAUGGCCAGGAUUGGAUACCCUCUCACCAAACUGAAACGAAUUGGUAUUGGAAUGGUCUUGAUCGUACUAGCCAUGGUGCUAGCAGCCGGAAUAGAAUUUGCCCGAAAAGCAAGCAUCGAGGAGUACGGAUACUUCAAACAGGAAGUGGCCAACAAGGUUUUGAACGCGUCCUACUUGUCCGUGUUCGCACAGAUUCCUCAGUACACACUUAUAGGAGCCAGUGAGGUGUUCACGAUCAUUACAGGCCUGGAGUUUGCAUACUCUGAAUCUCCAGAAUCCAUGCAAGGAGUCAUCAUGGGGCUUUUCCUCUUAACAUUUGGACUUGGCAGCUACGUUGGAUCACUGCUUGUCACAAUUGCCAAUGCCAUCACAUCAGGGGCGGAGUGGAUCCCUAAUGAAGUCAACUACGGUCACUUGGAGUACUACUUUCUCCUUCUUGCCACGAUCAUGACCCUGGGAUUUGUCUGCUUUCUGCUGAUUUCGAGGAGUUAUGUGUACGUGAAAGACACUGAGCUUGGCCGACCCCCGGACUCUGAUUGUGAGAAUUCUCACAGGGGCAUUCGGCAAAGUAAUCCAAAAGAAACCACGCCCCUUUUGAGCGAUACUGGAAUGGUGUAGAUUAAGACCCUGCUUCAUUAGCCACUACUACACAAACUCAUGGCUGUAACAGCCCUACAAUACACGUACUCAGUAACUAACAUCCAUCAGUAAAAUAAUAAUAAAAUAUUAAUGAAUUCAGUUAUAAAGAGCAAAUUUCAUGCAGAUGAAAACGUUGAACGUGGUCGAGCCAAUGGCAUACGAGGGCGCCUCAUCAGGCAGCCGCCAAACGACCCGCAUCCACCGACAUGUAUAGAGAGGAGACAAGAAGAAUCAAGUUUGACAGUCAUUCACACAAAUUUCGAGUUCAGAAAUUUUCUUUUCAGUUGGAAGCAGGUGUUGAACACCAGAGUAUAGAUCCCCAGCUAAAAUGUUUCGACAAUUUUCUCGUAACUGGGACACUCUUCUGGUUUUCCUAGAGCACUUUAUAAAAAGCUCUCAUUGAGCAAAACAACUGCAGAAACAUCACCCACAUCUGGCGUGUGUGCAUGUAUACUAAAUCAAAUCGGAAUCUUUUUCUGGAAAUCAGUCCUGCCAUUCAAACAUUAUUGCUGCAAUUAAAUCUGUAACCUUUGCAAAGAUUUCUUAAACAAGCCCUACCCGAGUUGGAAUUUUGAUAGGAAACUGUUGAAAUAAAAAAAUGCAGAACACUAGGGCAAGGGAAUGUUGAACGCUAGCGGCAAUGGUCAACAUUUGACGUGACUCUUAACAUAAAUCAUGAAUUAGUUGAGCUUGAAUGUAUUUCAAACCAAAAAUACACUGAGCAACACAAAGCCCUCCAAUGCUAAAAUCUGGACCCCAAAAACCUUCCCUAAUAUUUGAAGACAUGUUAAACAAGCAGCAAUGGGGUAAUGGCAAUUUUUUUCAUUAACAUGGACUUCUUGUUACGUGUUGAUUAUUGUAUACAUAUUUUGAUUUUUCUAAGCGGUACUAAUACGCCCUGAGAGUGGCUUUACUGUGAUGUAAGGCCACGAAGGCAAAAUCGUUCAUUUUAUAGUUAACCAUUGAUGACGCGCAAGACAGAGUGUAUAUUAUGUAUUUUGAGCGCCGGGAGCCAAACGAGAGCCGGGAAAUAGAAACCUUUAGGCCUAUAGUGACACUAUUGGACCGAUGUCCAUACCCCCCCC